AUGGUUGAGUAUGAGGUAUCGAAAACGACAGAGUCUCCUCCUAAAGACUCCAAUCUCUUAUAUGAUUUUUAUCUUCAUCCGUCGGCUGAUCCGGGACAAGUUAUAUGUAGGCUUCAAUUGAACGGCAACAAUUAUGAGCGUUGGUCAAAACUUAUGCGCAAUACGUUUAAGGCAAAGAACAAAUUGGAUGGUACAGUUACAAAACCGAUCCGCGGGAACGAUGAACUCAAGAUGUGGAGAAUUGUUAACAGUAUGAUGGUGGCAUGGAUUGUAAAUAGCAUCGAGCCUAGCAUCGAGCCUGGACUUAGGAACUCAAUUUCUUGUGUUGAUAGUGAUUUCCAAUUGUGGGAAAGCCUUCGACAACAAUUUUCACUUAGUAAUGAGUAUCGUGUGUAUAAAUUGAGUGCUUCGAUGGUGACGUUUAAGCAAGAUAAUUUGUCAGUUCAAGCAUAUUAUGGAAAACUUAAGCUCAUGUGGGAUGACUUAUUAGAAUAUGAAUUCAGUCCUGAGUGUUGUUGUGGAAAUCCGAAUUGCAAAAUAAUCAAGGUUGCUGAAGCUAAACGAGAUCGUGAGCAGAUAUAUUAUUUCCUUAUGGGUCUUGAUAACAAUCGUUUGGUGCAAUAA